UCCUCAUACAACAUUUAUUUUCUCAUUCUCUUUGUGUCUCCACUUCACAACAUGGCUUUGAAGAUGGUAUUUGCUACUUCUAUGCUUCUCUUUGCCAUCUAUUCUCAAACGGCGCUUGGGAGCGAAGUGAAGUGCGAGAAUCUGGACGAAGACACGUGCGCUUUCGCGGUCUCGGCGACAGGAAAACGCUGCGUUUUGGAGAAGAGCAUGAGGAGGAGUGGGAUCGAGGUGUACUCGUGUCGAUCAUCCGGGAUAGAAUCGGAUAAGGUCACGAACAUCGUUGAAUCAAACGAGUGCAUUAACGCUUGUGGUCUAGGCCGUAAGUCUUUAGGUAUAUCUUCGGACGCAUUGUUGGAAUCUCGGUUCACACAAAAGCUCUGCUCGGUUAAAUGCUUAAACCAUUGCCCUAACGUCGUUGACCUCUUCUUCAACCUUGCUGCUGGCGAAGGAGUGUUCUUGCCAAAGCUAUGUGAAUCACAAGAAGGGAAGACAAGAAGAGCAAUGUCAGAAAUUAGGAGCUCAGGUAUUGCAAUGGACACUCUUGGACCAGUUGGUCCGGUCAGCUUGGCCGUGAUGGCACCGGAGCCGGCUACCUCAAUGUACCCUAUGCCUGCUGUGCCGGCACCGGAGCCGGUUACUUCAAUGUACCCUAUGCCUGCUGUCCCGGCACCAACACCGUAUUGAUCAAGGCAAAAGAUAAAGGGAGAUGGAGAUCAACACGUAUCAUGUCAUGAGUUUCCGAAGAGAAUAAUCAAAGUUCGAUGUUUUGUAUAAUUACAUCUUUUUAUGUUUUUGCUUCAUAUAUAGUAAUUUUAUAAAACACUUCACGACGCAUAAGAGAUGGUGAGAGAGUAGAUAGGUGCAUGCGCGUUCUUGUAUAACUUAUAUGUACGAGUAACGUCUUAUAUUAUAUAUAUAUGAUCCAAUAAUUUGAGUUC